UCGUCUUUCUCUCUUCCUUCUCCCUUCUCCCUUCUUUCUCCCCACUUGUGUUUCAGAAACACAGAAAACCAGAAUCUCCAAAUAGCCGAAAAAUCUCGGCUAGGUCACCGUCCAAAUCACAAAAAGGAAGGGUUUUUAACCUCAGAUGGCGAAGAAGAGAAAGUCGAUAGCCACCAGCCUCGACGAGGUGGAUCGAACCAUGUAUACAUCCUUUUGCAGUGCCGCUAAUUCAUUAUCGCAGCUCUAUACUCACGCCAUGAACCAACAGAAGCUUUCUUUCCAAGCCGGUGAACGGCACGGUCUUGAAAAACUCUGUCAGUGGAUCUGGAGACAACAAGAGGGAGGAUCAAGGGUUGCAACAGUUGAUAUACUUAACUACAUUCAGAAUGAGCUUGAUUACUGUGGAGAGGAGCCAUCUGUGUCGCCCAGAGCACCACCACAAAACCAACAAUCUCAACCAGUAAUGCAUGUGACUAAUUCCGGCUUUCCAUUAACUUCAGGAUCUUCUGUCCAAACAAUGAUAGGGCAGGGACUCCGGUCUGAACAAUGUGAUAAUCAACCAAAGAAUUCUAUGUUUUCAAAUGCUUUGUCAAGUCCUAUCCGUCGAAGUCUUCAGCACUAUCAAGUUGGCGAGGGUGGGAAUUACCCUAGUGGCCUCUCCUUGGUGAAUGGAAAUAGGAACAAUGAACCAAGCUUUGUUCACCAACAAAGCAGGGAUUCUAGUGCAUUCAAUCCCAACGAUUCUGCCAUGGACAUGCACGCAGACUAGCCGUGUCUGUUGGUCUAUCAACUGCAUAUCCGUGUUUGGCCAUCCUUAUGCAUUACCUGCAAUAGAUGUGAACAUCCGUUGGAAGUCAGUAUCUGGUGUUUGCUCGUCACAUCCAACAAGAAACGGCGGUAGGUCGAGUCAGUUCUAUUAACCUAUUGAUAUGCUUAUGUUAUCCAAGUGAUCAGUAUUAGUUUGGAUCUUAAUUUUCUGUGUAAAGCUUUUUUAUUUUUUUAUUUUUAUUUUUUGGUUGAAAUAAUUUAAAAGCAUUUUAUUUUAAUGUUUACCAUGGUUGCCCCAUGUAUCUCCUCUUUUCUCAAUGUAGUCCUUCUAUCUGAAGUUUCUUAUGUAAAUCUGUCCUUUUCUCAGAUCCCCUAUAUGGCAAUUUACAGCUUCGGGCAUCUUUUGUUGA